AUGAAGCAUGUCCCUUUGGUGCUUCUCGUUUUUGGGUUAUGUACACUUAAAGAAACAUGUGAGGCUACCGGCGCUGAGAAUUCUGCGCUGGGAAGAGUGAUAGAUCUUCGAAAGGUAAACUUAUUGGCCGACUUCCAAGAGCAAGAGAACAGGAUCUUUGAGGAGCUCCCCCCGAAAUGUCUCGUGAAAAAAACUUUGAUGUUCUCGAGCAGCCACUUCGAAUAUUAUGCAAAUACCAAGGAAUUUUAUAAAUUACUUGCCACCCAGUCAAGCUUGAGCGCCUCUUUGCAGUCCGCCUACUCGUUGGGUGUUACGGUAUCAGUAGCAACAAAGAGCAAAAGUUCACAGCAAACUGGAGUGGCAUGUCUUUAAUCAAGCAGGCGUUAACAGAAAAGAUCCACGUCAAUAAACAAUGUCUAGUGAGUGACAACAUCUCCACCUUUAAAGGAACAUUUCUAAAAGACCUCGAGAACUUGCCCGUAAACAUCGAAAAUCCAAACUCAUGGAGAGAGUAUCGUAAUUUUCUCAAGAAAUACGGUUCUCAUGCUGUAACGUCUGUGAAGCGCGGAUCAAGAUUUCAGCAGAUGACAUUCGCAGAGAGUUCUAAAGCUUACACUGAAAGAGAUUUCUAA